AUGUGCAAGACGGGGCUGGAAGGAAUGUCACCGACGUUUGACAUUGGGUCUCUAUCAUUCUUUCGAAGCCAAAGCCACCAAGAUUUGUUUAAUCACCUGGAUGCCGCUGGCGACCUUACCAGCCAACCGCUGCGAGACAUGGCCGUGCCCACCAUCAGUGCCAGCAUGUUUCUUCCCCAGAAGAGCGUUUGGAACUAUCGCAAAAGGGAUGCGCGGCAUGCAUACCGGCCGAGUCCUCCCGAACACACGCAAAAGCCGAAACUGAAAGUGUUUGAGCACAAGUUGGGGUUCAAUCUCAGAGGGCGGAACCGGAUGGUUGGACCGCAGAGUCGGGAUAGCAUCCGGGAACAAGAGAGGAACCCUCACGAGAGCAUGGCCGAGUACUUUGUGCUCUGGAACCUCAUGGCUCAAGAUCUCAGUAGACAGGAUGCUAUCCCUGGCUUGCAGUCUGGCAACACGGUGAUUGACGAGAGGAAUUUUUCACUGGGCUCCAAAAAGUCGACUGGCUAG